AAAAGAUGAGGUGUCUUCCGAUCGCUGUCUUCAUCGCCCUGCUCACUACUGUGAGCGCGCAAGUUUUUCGUGUUGCAGGACCACCUCUACUCUCCAGAGCCGUUCUUCAGGGAACUGCAGAACUGCCGUGCGAUAUUCGUCCACCAAAGCAAAACGACUCUGCCACUCUUGUAGUUUGGUACAAGAACGAUAUCAACCCCAUCUACAGUUUUGACAUGAGAGGAAAGCAUUCUGAGAAAAGCUCGCACUGGAAGGAUGAAUCUCUCAAAGACCGAGCGUACUUCAGAACUGCCACUGAACCUGCAUCUUUGAAUAUCAACCACGUAGAAGACAAAGACGAGGGCGAGUACAGAUGCAGAGUAGACUUCAUCAAGAGUCCUACGAGGAAUUCCAGAAUUCAACUCAGCGUCAUUGUGCCACCUCAUAAACCUAACAUCAUAGACGAAUACGGAAAAACGGUACCAACUGUCGCUGGACCUUACGAGGAGGGCGGUGAUAUGAAGCUCAAAUGUCUCGUUUCCGGUGGUCGACCACCCCCAACUGUGAGAUGGUGGAGAGGUGAAGUUCUGUUGGAUUCGAAAGAUGAAAUCGGCGAGUUUCCUGAUCUCCGUAGAAACACUCUCGUUAUCCCGAAACUCGCCAGACAAGAUUUACAUGCCGUGUUCACAUGUCAAGCUUCCAAUAAUAAUAUCAGCCAACCAGUGUCUGCCUCCAUUGCCAUCGAGAUGCACCUGCGACCGCUGAGCGUGACGAUCCUUAGCAGUGAGCACGCACCUCUCAGCGCUGACCGGAAGUACGAUAUCACCUGUAUGACAGUAGGCUCCAGACCUCCGGCUAAACUCUCCUGGUUCAUGGAUGGCAGAAAGCUCGAGAAUUACACAGAAAAGAUUGCUGAUGAUGGAAACUUAACAACCUCAAUUUUGACCUUCAAGCCAAGUUUGCUAGACCAUGAUAAGACGGUCACGUGUCGAGCUGAAAAUCCAAAAGUCCGGGGUGGAGUUGAGGAAGAUACGUGGAAACUGAGUGUUUUUUUUGUUCCUAUUUUGCACCUCGAGCUGGGAUCGAAUUUAAAUCCGGACGACAUCGAAGAAGGUGACGAUGUUUACUUCGAAUGCAAAGUUCAUGCCAAUCCUUGGGCUUACAAAGUUGUAUGGAAGCACAAUGGAAACGUGAUCCAGAAUAACGCCAAAAAUGGCGUCAUAGUGCAGCAAUACAAUUUCGUUUUGAGAAAAGUUAAUCGGUCCCAAGCAGGAAAUUACACUUGUGUCGCCAGCAACGUUGAAGGCGAUGGUUACAGCAACACCGUAGAGCUCAAAAUUAUGUAUAAGCCGAUUUGCGUACCGGACCAAAAGCGGAUUUACGGUGUAGCUCGACACGAAGACGCCAAGGUCAUUUGCAAAGUAGAAGCAUACCCACCUCCCGACAGCUUCCGGUGGGCUUUCAACAACACUGAGGAGAUGGUAGAUGUACCCCAAGCUCGAUACAAGGAUUCGACUCGUCACACCCAAAGUGUUCUCACCUACAGACCCGUCAACGAAAUGGACUAUGGCACCGUUCUUUGCUGGGCCAGCAAUACUGCGGGACAACAAAAGAACGCCUGCACAUUUCAUAUCAUUCCUGUCGGAAAGCCUGAUGCUCCACAUAACUGUACACUCACGAACCAAACAACCGUUUCACUCUCAGUCGAGUGUAUUGCCGGCUUUGAUGGCGGUCAAGUGCAAAGCUUCAUUUUGGAAGUGUACGACCAACACACUGGGGUUCUCCAAGCAAACGUCACUUCGAAAGAGAAUCCAGCAUUCACGGUCAAAGACUUGGAGCCUGGAAAAGUUCUGAACAUGUUUCUCUAUGCGGUAAAUGGCAAAGGCAGAAGUGAUCCCACACUCCUCGAGGGAUUCACCCUUAAAGUUGCUGAGAAGCAGACUGGCACACCUGUGCCCUUUGAGAUAACACCAUUACUCGGAGUCCUCAUCGGGGUCGUAACCGCGCUCUUGUUGGUCACCGUCACGAUACUAGCUGCCCUCAAAGUCAGGAGUGAGAGACGGGUUCAAAGACCCGGUGACUUGCCGCUUAAAAAAGCUACGGUGCCGAGCUCUGAGGACCUCUACGAUGCUGACGACAGAAAUCCAGACGUCGUUCCUACUAACAAAGAUUCAGAUUAUCAACUGACUGGCUCUACAGCGGGUACUCCAUUAGCGACUCAAAAUACUCCAGUUGGGCUUCCACUAACUUCACUUCCAGUCCAGCAGUCUAAUCACCUACAGAGCUUACCGACUUAUACGCACAACGAAUACAAUAAUUAUCCAACGUUACCGUUGGCUGGCGAGGUGACAUAUGCAGAGCUGUGUCUAACGCGACCUACGACGCUCUCAACGGCACCCGAAUCAAAACUAUCGAGCAUCAAUAGCAUGGCUGCACUCGGAAACCUCUCGGGCUAUGGAAGUGGCCUCGGAGUUAUCGUAGGUGGUAAGCCUUACACGAAAGAGGCGACGGUCUACGCCUGUAUAGAUCACAAUGCAAGGCCGCCCAAGAUCGACUUGGCUGGAGCACCCUUGACCGGGGGCACUCCAGUCAGAUCGAAUGUCCUCCAAGAGUCCACCAUCAUCGGGAAACAGCACCAUCCUCGAGAGGUCGUCACGGUUCGCACCCCCUUGAUUUCUACUCAGGAAAGUUGCGUAUAGGGUCGGGAUUCCGACGCGCUCAACGUCAAUGAGUACUACGUCUGAUAGCCGUGUCGCGUCGAAUCUAUUUCGCGUUUCCAAAUAGGGACCUAAGUCUAGUGUUUCUCAAAAGAGUGAACUUUCUUUUAAUGACAUUCUAUGGGUUCUCGAGACGCUAUGACGUCAUCGAGAUUACUACCUGAGCUGAUGCGAGUGAUUUCAAGUAGAUUCUGUUUAGGAAUCUUCUAAUACAAAAGUUAUGUUCAUGAAAGAAGAAUUUUGAUAAGAAGUUGCUGAUGUAUAAAUAAUAUGGAACGAUAGAUAAUUAAUCGGAAUUUCAAAAUUAAUUUUUAAAUCUUUUUCUAAAAUUUCCAAAGCUAAUCUAACUGGAUUGCUGAUAGUACAAAGCUUUUCGGAAUGUACCAGCAUUAGCCCGCCUCAUAAAAAAUUCGUAGGAUACUACGUUAGAAACGACGUGGAUUCGGACGUAAUUAACAAUGUCCUGACUUAGAAUGGUGUGUGAACAUAAUCAUGAAACUCGUAAAAAUAUACUCAUCAUCA